CUUCAAUUUACAUCAGGAAAAACAAAAUGGCAGCAUCCGUACGAGGCAUUGGAAGGAUUUUUAGUCGUGUUUCUCCCUUGUUUAUAUUGAAAAGUCCGCAUUCUAAGAAGUUUCCUGUCAGGAUAUGGUUUCAGGCAGUGUCUCCAUUUUUGCAGCCAGGCCAUUAUAUGGGCACUAAACCAUCUCUAGAAGGUGAUAACGAUGCUUUAAAUGUAUCUGAAACUCAAGUCCGCUUCAAGGACAGACCCUGGGAUUACCUUGAGAGUGAAGAGUACAUUGAACGCUAUGGAAGCAGUCCCGUAUGGGCAGACUACAGGAGAAACCACAAAGGAGGAAUUCCCCCCCAGAAAACACGCAAGACUUGCAUUAGAGGAAGCAAGAUAUGUGGCAAUGCCUGCCCAAUCUGUCGAGAUCCCAACGUCAUCAUCCAUUACCAGAAUGUAAAGUUGUUGCAACAGUUUAUUAGUCCCUACACUGGUAUAGUGUAUGACCCUACACGAACAGGUGUGUGCAUGAAACAGCAGAAGCAGCUACAAAUAGCAAUCAACACAGCACAAGACCAUGGGUUGAUACCCUUCCAGGUUCCUUACGUUGACUUCACAGGAGAGGAUUACUCCAACUCCCAUGAUGCAGUGGGAUGCACCUCCACUCCUUCAGCCUUGGCCAAAGGUGAAGCCUGGUACAAGUGGUACCACAGAAUCGAACCAGAUGAAAAAGAACUGUCUAAAAUCAAGAGACUCUACAAGGCUUAUCUCAAAUAGAUGACAGGAUACCAUUUGUGGAUCAGUGAAACAACUUCAGUUAUUGCUGAAAUGUAGAUAUGUCAACCCUGGUAUCUGAAGUAACAAAUCCACCCUCUAAGUUCACAGAAUUGACACAAUGAGACAAUGCUUCUGUAUAUCUAAAUUACACAAUAAAUUAUAACAUAUAAGAUG